AGGAGGAGGCAGCUUCCACUUCUCUCUCUCUCUCUCUCUCUCUCACACACACACACACACACACACACACCGCUGAAAGUGACGCUGGUGUCAUCGUGGAUCUCAUCUCUGUGGACAGCCUGGUGGGCCGCGCGAUGGACCCGGACACGGACACGGACAUGGAGCACUUCGACGAGCGGGACAAGGGCGAGCGUCACGGCCGCGCCAACGGCGUGCAGAGCCCGGCGCACAGCGCGCACUGCAGCCUCUUCCGCGCCCGCACCCUGCAGGCUCUCAGCGCCGAGAAGCGCGCCAAGAAGGUCCGCUUCUACCGCAACGGCGACCGCUACUUCAACGGCAUCGUCUACGCCGUCUCCGCCGACCGCUUCCGGACCUUCGACGCCCUGCUGGCCGACCUGACGCGCUCCCUGUCCGGCAACGUCAACCUGCCGCAGGGCGUCAGGACCAUCUACUCGCUGGACGGCAGCAGGCGCGUCACCGCCGUGGAGCAGCUGGUCGAAGGUGAGAGCUACGUGUGCAGCUCGCUGGAGGCCUACAAGAAGGUGGACUACACCAAGAACGUCAACCCCAACUGGUCGGUCAACGUGAAGGCGGCGGCGGCGGCCCGCGGUCCUGCGCCGCUGGGCAGCGCCGUGGCGACGGCGGAGAGCUGCAAGGACUUUGUGCGCCCCCGCCUGGUGACGGUGGUGCGCAGCGGGGUGAAGCCUCGCAAGGCGGUGCGGGUGCUGCUCAACAAGAAGACGGCGCGCUCCUACGAGCAGGUGCUGACCGACAUCACCCACGCCAUCAAGCUGGACUCGGGCGUGGUCAAGAAGAUCUACACGCUGGAGGGGAAACUGGUGACGUGUCUGCAGGACUUCUUCGGAGACGAAGACGUGUUUGUGGCCUGUGGACCUGAGAAGCUGCGCUACCAUGACGACCUGAUGCUGGAUGAGAGUGAGUGUCGCAUGAUGAGGCCCAUGAACUACGCCAAGAUGUCCGCCUCUUGGACUCGAGGCUCCCCCAGGACUCUGAUCCAGACCAGGCGCAGCAAGUCCCCCGCAUCUGUGAACGGGGCGCCCGCCAGUCUGAUGUCCACGCCGCGCACGGCGAAGACGCCCAGUCCCUCCCCCGCCAGCCCCGGCGGCCUCGGCCAGCGGCGGGGCUCACAGGGCUCGUCUGCCUCGUUGUCCUCCGAUCCAGUGUCCAGCCCGGCAGAUGGUGGCGAGGAAGUGGCGGCGGACCAUGUCCCGGCGGACCAUGUCCCGGCGGUCCCCUCCUACAUUUCGGAACGCUACGAAGUGGGUCGCAUGUUGGGCGACGGGAACUUCGCCGUGGUCCACGAGUGCGUGGAGCUCUCCACCGGGCGCCAUUACGCCCUGAAGAUCAUCAACAAGGGCAAAUGUCGAGGCAAGGAGCACAUGAUCCAGAACGAGGUGGCCAUCCUGCGGCGAGUCAAGCAUCCCAACGUGGUUCUGCUCAUCGAGGAGGUGGACACCUACAGCGAGCUCUACCUGCUCAUGGAGCUGGUGGAGGGGGGAGACCUUUUCGACGCCAUCACGUCCGCCAACAGAUACACGGAGAAGGACGCCAGCGGGAUGCUCUACGACCUGACCAAUGCCAUCAAAUACCUCCACAGCCUCAACAUCGUGCACAGGGACAUCAAGCCCGAAAACCUGCUGGUCUACGAGCAUGCAGACGGCAGCAAGAGCCUAAAACUGGGAGACUUCGGUCUGGCCACCGUGGUGGACGGACCGCUGUACACCGUCUGCGGCACGCCGACAUAUGUAGCGCCUGAAAUCAUCGCCGAGACGGGGUACGGGCUGAAGGUGGACAUCUGGGCGGCCGGCGUCAUCACCUACAUCCUCCUGUGUGGGUUCCCGCCUUUCCGAGGGAGCAGCGAGGACCAGGAAGUUCUGUUCGACCAGAUCCUGAUGGGCCAGCUGGAGUUCCCGCCCCCGUACUGGGACAACGUGUCCGAGGCCGCCAAGGAGCUGAUCCGGUCCAUGCUGGAGGUGGAGGUGGAUCCCAGGUACACGGCCUUGCAAGUGCUGGAGCAUCCAUGGGUCACCGAUGAAGGUCUUUGUGAAAACCACCACCAGCUGUCUGUAGCAGGGAAGAUCAAGAAGCACUUCAACAGCGACAACACGGACAACAUGGCGGUCAUCCCGUUGGACGGGAGCUUUUCUAUGCAGAGAUCCGGGUCCUUGGACCUCCACCAGCACCCGGCCAUGUACUGGAUAAGGCCGCCCCUGCUGAUAAGAAGAGGCCGUUUCUCCGACGAGGACGCCACCCGAAUGUGAUGCCCCCUCCAGGCUCCGCCUCCUCGCUGCCUAACCCCUGACCCCCUCGCCCAGCCCCCUCCCAUGUGACUCUGACGUCAUCUCCAUCGGCUCGGCCUGCUUUCUUCUCCGAGAAAGGACGACCGGGUCCAGGAAAGACAAUACAGCAAAAAAAAAAGAAAAGUUGGAUAGAACUUUCAAAGACGAAGGAAUGUUGGAACUUUUGACUCAUCCGAGUUGUGAUUCAUGCCCUCGUUGACGGUCGGAGCUGAGGAUGACACAUCUGCAAUACGGACAACUUCUUUCCUUUUUUUUUUAUUAUCUAGAAUAUGUAGUUCUCUUUUUCCAGGUGAGAAAUGUCGGGGAGGAACGUCGACAAACGUCGGGAUUUGUCGACGUGUCCGAAACCGAGACUCUCGGUGUCGUGACGUCGGAUCGUCGUGGCGACGACCCGACUCGAUGUGUAGCAAGCAUUGGAGCCGCGAUGCAAACGCAGUCAGACUGUAUCGAUGUGUCGUAACCUUGUUAGUAACGUGUCCUCAUUUCACCCUCACCGCGCCUCGUUAGCCCCGGCAGGCACGCCACGUUGAAGCAGCGUUGAAACAACGUUGAAACAAUGUUGAAAAAACGUUGAAACAACGUUGACAACUCAAACAUUUGACUUAUUUCAAUAGAAAUACAACGUUGAAAAAACAUGCUUUUUGACGACGUUUAAUCAAUGUUGGGUUCUGACGUUGAUUUGACCAUUGAUUUUUGGUCAUUUUCCAACCAAUAUCCUACAACACAAAUACAACGUUAAAACAUCGUUGUUUUUUUUGACGACGGUUAAUCAAUGUUGGGUUCUGACGUUGAUUUGACCGUUGAAUUUUAGUCAUUUCCCCAACCAAUAGUCUACAACACAAAUACAACGUUGAAACAACAUGCUUUCUGACAACAUUUAAUCAAUGUUGGGUUCCGACCUUGAUUUGACCAUUGAUUUUUGGGGAUUUUACAUCCAAUAUUCUACAACACAAAUACAAUGUUAAAACAACGUUUUUUUUGACGACGGUUAAUCAAUGUUGGGUUCUGACGUUGAUUUGACGUUGAAAUUUGGUCAUUUCCCAAACCAACAUUCUACAACACAAAUACAACGUAACCUCGUUUUGACAACAUUUAAUCAAUGUUGGGUUCUGACGUUGAUAUGACCAUUGAAUUUUGGUCAUUUCCCAAACCAACAUUCUACAACACAAAUACAACGUUAAAACAACAUGCUUUUUGACGACGUUUAAUCAAUGUUGGGUUCUGACGUUGAUUUGACCAUUGAAUUUUGGUCAUUUCCCAAACCAACAUUCUACAACACAAAUACAAUGUUAAAACAACUUUUUUUUUACGACGGUUAAUCAAUGUUGGGGUCUGACGUUGAUUUGACUGUUAAAAUUUGGUCAUUUCCCAAACCAACAUUCUACAACACAAAUACGUUAAAACAACAUGCUUUUUGACAUUGUUUAGUCAAUAUUGGGUUCUGACGUUGAUUUGACAUUGAAAUGUGGUCAUUUUACUAACUAAUAUUCUACAACACAAAUACAACGUUAAAACAACAUGCAUUCUGACAACGUUUAAUCAAUGUUGGGUUCUGACGUUGAUUUGACCAUCGAAUUUUGGUCAUUUUUCAACCAAUAUUCUACAACACAAAUACAACGUUGAAACAACAUUCUUUUUGACGUUUAAUCAAUGUCAGGUAGUGACCUUGAUUUGACUGUGGAUUUUUGGUCAUUUCCCAACUAAUAUUCUACAACACAAAUGCAAUGUUGAAACAACAUGCUUUUUGACAACAUUUAAUCAAUGUCAGGUUCUGACGUUGAUAUGACCAUUGAAAUUUGGUAAUUUCCCAACCAAUAUUCCACAACACAAACGUGUUUUCUGACAAUGUUUAAUUAAUGUUGGGUUCUGACGUUGAUUUGACCAUUGAAUUUUAGUCAUUUCCCAACCGAUAGUCUACAACACAAACACAACGUUGAAACAACAUGCUUUUUGACGAUGUUUAAUGAAUGUUGGGUUCUGAUGUUGAUUUGACCAUUGAUUUUUGGUCAUUUCCCAACUAAUAUUCUACAACACAAAUACAAUGUUGAAACAACAUGCUUUUUGACAACAUUUAAUCAAUGUUGGGUUCUGACGUUGAUUUGACCAUUAAAAUUUAGUCAUUUCCCAAACAAUAUUCAACAACACAAACACAACGUUGAAACAACAUGCCUUUUGAUGUUUAAUCAGUGUCAGGUUGUGACGUUGAUUUGACUGUGGAUUUUUGGUAAUUUCCCAACCAAUAUUCUACAACACAAAUACAACAUUGAAACAACAUGCUUUCUGACGACGUUUAAUCAAUGUUGGGUUCUGACGUUGAUAUGACCAUUGAUUUUUUUUUGGUCAUUUCCCAACCAAUAUUCUACAACACAAAUACAACGUUGAAACAACAUGCCUUUUGACGUUUAAUCAAUGUCAGGUUGUGACGUUGAUUUGACUAUUGAUUUUUUGGUCAUUUCUCAACCAAUAUUCCACAACACAAAAACAACGUUAAAACAACGUACUUUUUGACGACGUUUAAUCAAUGUUAGGUUCUGACGUUGAUUUGACCGUUGAAAUUUGGUCAUUUCCCAAACCAACAUUCUACAACACAAAUACAACGUUAAAACAAUGUUUUUUUUUACAACGGUUAAUCAAUGUUGGGUUCUGACGUUGAUUUGACUGUUGAAAUUUGGUCAUUUCCCAAACCAACAUUCUACAACACAAAUACAACGUUGAAACAACAUGCUUUCUGACGACGUUCAAUCAAUGUUGGGGUCUGACGUUAAUUCGACUAUUGAUUUUUGGUCAUUUCUCAACCAAUAUUCCACAACACAAAAACAACAUACUUUUUGACGACGUUUAAUAAAUGUUGGGUUCUGACGUUGAUUUGACCAUUGAAAAUUGAUCAUUUUCCAACCAAUAUUCAACAACACAAACACAACGUUGAAACAACAUGCCUUUUGACGUUUAAUCAGUGUCAGGUUGUGACGUUGAUUUGACUGUGGAUUUUUGGUAAUUUCCCAACUAAUAUUCUACAACACAAAUGCAACGUUGAAACAACAUGCUUUUUGACGACGUUUAAUCAAUGUUGGGUUCUGACGUUGAUAUGACCAUUGAAAUUUGAUAAUUUCCCAACCAAUAUUCCACAACGCAAACGUGUUUUCUGACAAUGUUUAAUUAAUGUUGGGUUCUGACGUUGAUUUGACCAUUGAAUUUUCGUCAUUUUCCAACCAAUAUUCUACAACACAAAAACAACGUUAAAACAUGCUUUCUGACAACGUUUAAUCAAUGUUGGGUUCUGACGUUGAUUUGACCGUUGAAUUUUAGUCAUUUCCCAACCAAUAUUCUACAACACAAAUACAACGUGCUUUCUGACAACGUUUAAUCAAUGUUGGGUUCUGACGUUGAUUUGACCGUUGAAUUUUGGUCAUUUUCCAACCAAUAUUCUACAACACAAAUACAACGUUAAAACAACGUUUUUUUUGACGACGGUUAAUCAAUGUUGGGUUCUGACGUUGAUUUGACCGUUGAAAUUUGGUCAUUUCCCAACCAAUAUUCUACAACACAAAUACAACGUUAAAACAACAUGCUUUUUGACAACAUUUAAUCAAUGUUGGGUUCUGACGUUGAUUUGACCGUUGAAAUUUGGUCAUUUCCCAAACCAACAUUCUACAACACAAAUACAACGUAACCUCGUUUUGACAACAUUUAAUCAAUGUUGGGUUCUGACGUUGAUUUGACCAUUGAAUUUUGGUCAUUUUCCAACCAAUAUUCUACAACACAAAAACAACGUGCUUUCUGACAACGUUUAAUCAAUGUUGGGUUCUGACAUUGACUUGACCAUUGAAUUUUAGUAAUUUCCCAACCGAUAGUCUACAACACAAAUACAACGUUGAAACAACAUUUUUUUUUAAGUUUAA